GUACUACUAAAGCAGCGCGGACCCGAACGCGCAGUCGCGCGUCUGCGCUAGCUAGUCGUGAGUGGUCGAUCCUAACCCUAACCACGUAUUCAUUUGCACACGCGGGUUAGGGAUAGGGUUAGGGUUAGGAUCGACCACUCAAGACUAGCUAGCGCGGACGCGCGACUGCGCGUUCAGGUCCGCGCUGCUUUAGUAGUACCGAUCUUCCAUAUGUAAACUGGUUGAAAUAUUGUAUCAGGUUGAAAUUAAUUUAAGUGGCAUGGUUGAUGGAGAAAAAAAAAUCCACUUGUAUCGUGAAGGAAGAAAUGCUGUUUAUUCAAAAUGUCAAUGGUCAAGCGUUCAUCAAGUUCAAAAAUGUUGUGAAAUGUGUACGAUGCUGUAUGACGAUUGGCAAAUGAUUCCAACAGGUGGCGAUAAAGAACAGCAAUCAGCACCGAGUUUAAAAAUGCUGAAAAGAUUCUCCCAACUUCCCUCCCAGGUGUCCCAGGUUCACAACCUCAGAGCUGCCACAAUCAACAUUGGUACAAUGAAAGGUCUACAUGAAAUUCUGAGAAAGGUAUCAAGUAGUUGUGGGUUGUGCUAGAAACAACAGCUAAAUCUCCCUUAAAUCACACAUCUUUUUGUUUGAAAGUUUUUUUUUCUACCAAAAAGGCUUCUCUCAUAAUUUUUAAGUGCAUAUAGUGCAAACAAAAAACAGAGGGAAAAAAUCAUAGAUUUUCCUAAAUUCUUUUCAU